CGGAACGAUCAGCCCAGAUAAUUUGUCGUCGGUGACGGAUCAAGAAGAAUUCACACAACUCUGUAGCUCGACAUUAGCAUACUCAAUUCCGGAGCAGCACACUUAUUUCAAACCCAUACACACCUGUGGAAUCAAAUACCAAAGCCACACUUACCAUCCGAUCCCAUCCAUCCAUCCCACCAACAACAGCCCACCAUGUCCUCCAUCCUCCGCAGACUCCAGGGAGGCAAUCUCGAGGUCUUCAAGUUCGGCAUGUACAUCAUCUUCCCCAUCGGCUGGAUGUACUACUUCGGCACGAACCUCGACGACCGCUUCAGCGUCCCCGGCUUCUGGCCCACAACCGAGCAAUCGCACAAGAUUCCCCUCGAGAAAGAAGAGAUUGACCGCGAGUUGUCACGCAUGCGCAUGUUGGAUGCAGUGAAGCGAGAGAAGCGACAGCGGCGCGAGGCAUUGGAGGCUGAGGCUCAGGCUCAGGCUCAGGCUCAGAUCCAGGCGGCAUCUUCGAAUGCAGAGUAAACCAACUACUCGGGUAAUUUGAUGCGGUGCGGUUGUGUUUGAUAUAGAGAUGGGGCUAUCAGUGAUUCUCUACGCAGAGUAGGAAACGGGAAAUACAGUCGCGGAUGCGUUCGGAGCCGGCAUCUAUGUAUACCUUGAAACAUGCUACACGCGUCCUGUGUGUGGAUGUGCGACUAAGAGGGGUAGGGAAGCGAUGUUGCACCGUGUCCUACUCGCGAAUCUACGGUGGUGGCUCUUUUUUUUGGUUUUGUAUAACACUCUUCUCUGAGCAUGGCGGGAGUUGCAUUUGGGCGAUGGGUUUGAUGAUUGAAUUGGGUAACUUCAUUUUUUUUUUUUUUGUUUACAUAUGUUAAACUUAUAUGUACUUUU